CGCUGCGUGCAAGUCCCAACUAUGAUCCUAGAGUGUUUUACAUUUCGCAAUGGUUCGUUCUUUUUGUUUGGGGCAGGUAACAAGUGUGAGUUACCAUCCAAAGGACAGUUGCAUGGUGACUGCAUCCGUGGACAGCACAAUCCGUGUAUGGAAGACCUGAAGGACAAAAUCGGAGCAUAGAAGCAACCUUUGCUUGAUGCCAUCUAUACCAGAAAGCCAUCUCUGACCAUUUUCCACCUAAAGGAAGGAUCUUUAGAAGGAUAGUCGAGCCUGCACGCGAGUCGAAUUAGUUCACCAGGCUUCGUUCUCCCACAUGCAAACCUUACUGAAGGAGCAGGGUGAUACUUUUAUCUGCGAAAGAUAGAUGGUUAGCAUUGGUGGGAGGAAAGGAAAAGACCCUAUUCAUACCGAUCAUAAGAACAACGACAACAACAACGUUAAGUUCUGCAAUCUGGGAUGCCUUGCUACUGCUCUCACUGCUCGCGAUCCGUCGGUUUUGGCGAUUAUGAGUGAAGGUGAAGCAGAGGAAGUGGCAGAGAGAAUGGUGAAUGGUUGCUCAUCCACAUGCUCCAAGAAGCUUUAGUUUUUGCAUUGAGAAAUUACUAGAGACAUUGAUGUGUGUUAAGUAAAAUUUCAAUCUGGAUUCUUUGUAGCUAUAGGAAAGACUUGGUGUAAUUUGCUUCAUUAGCCCUCUUUUCUGAAACUUUUUUAAUAUCACAGUUGAUGAAGUUUCUAUUUAUUGAUUAUUAUUAGCGAAAAAAAUUACAGCGACUCGAUUCUAGGUGUAACUUUGUUGAUGGGGUAUUGCGGCAAUCUUAUACACUAAUUGUUGAGGCUAGCAGAAGCAUUUUGGAUAUUCAUUAGUCGUGUCAAGAUAGUUUUAUUGAUAUUCACGGAGAAGGGUUGAGAGAUGAUUGUUGGUAUAACAAGUUAUAUAAAAUCGAUGCUCGUUGCAAUUGAUCGAGUCAAUAAACCAUGAAUAAUUAU